AUGAAUACCACAACGCGCACAGCGAGAGACCGGGCGAUGUCUACGCCGGAAAUCCUGGAGAUGAUCCUACUCCAACUCGAUUUGCGGACUCUUCUCAUCGCCGCACAGCGAGUGUGUCGAAGCUGGGUCACUUUGAUCAGCCAAUCAGUCCAGAUUCAGAGGGCCUUAUUCUUUUCCCCGGUCGACAAACCUGACAUUCCGAUGCAUGAAAAGACGCAGAACCCGCUCCUCGCCGAGACAUUUCCUUGCGUCUUUCCAAGCUCCGGUAAAGAAUUAGGGAAGUGUAAGUUUGCAGCUUUGGAUAUGAACCAGAGCAGCACGAAAAGAGCAAUGUAUAUGCGAAAAGAAGCAAGCUGGCGCCGGAUGCUGGUCCAACAACCUCCGAUCUUGGACUUUGGAUUGCUAAGGGUGGUUCACGGUCAAGUUGGCGACCAAGCCAGCGCAUUCAAGAUUCAUGGAAGUAAGGAUAUGCUCUGGGAGAAGCAUGAGGGCCUGCGAAUGGAGAGACUAUUCGAGGUUCUACUAUUCAACGAAUGUAUCACCUGGGAGGAAUGGUCCACCAACAAAGUCAUGUGGGCGACAGAGUUUCCACUUGACAUCCAGGAAUGUGACGACAUUGCUAAUACAUUCGAUUCGAUGAUGCGAAAGUUUGGCUUGGUUAUAAAAGCGCGUACAGUCAUGCAGUGUUCCAUUGGUUUCCGGUCCAAAACCGAGGAUGAACAUCUGAGAGGACAGCUUGUUGCUGCAUACAUCGAGGCGGGUCUAGAUAUUGACCAGUCUUCUAUCAGCUGUGUUAAGAUGAACAGCCUUGUUUGA